AUGACUGCUGAACAGAUUGAGUAUUAUCAACAGAAGGUCGACAACUGGUGGCAUGGCACAUUGCCCAUGAGCCAGACUGUGGAUGAUGCCGUGGCUCAAGCCAACAGGGAAAAGCCAUCUGAGCUGAUGUCAGUGCGACUAAAAGGAAAAGAAAGUAAAAGAAAAGCAAAGAAAGGAAAAGAAAAGACUUUUGGAGACUUUUAUCACCGGCUGCGGUCUGUCACUUCUGAAAUCAUUUCUGUCGUUGUCGCUUUCGAUUAA